AUGCAAGGAAUUGUGAGGGCUGUAAGAUCUUGCCAGGGAAUACUCAAAGCUGCAGCUCUGGAACAUUCGCACGGUAGAGGAAUUGCUAGGAUAGAGAAGUUAAGUUCAAGCUGUAAAUGGCGCUCUCCAGCCCCCAAAGGAUUGGAGAAUAUAACUGUGCAAGAUGUACUAAUGAACAAGAGUGAAGAAACUGGACCUUGGCUUUGGUGCCACACAGAUGACACUGUAAUUGAUGCAGUAAAAAAUAUGGCUAAGAACAAUAUAGGGUCAUUAGUUGUACUAAAGCCUGGAGAGCAACAAUCUAUUGCAGGAAUCAUCACAGAACGAGAUUAUCUGAGGAAAAUAGUUGCACAGGAUAGAUCACCCAUCUACACAAGGGUCAGAGAGAUUAUGACUAAUGAGAACAAAUUAAUAACAGUGACAUCUGACACAAACAUUCUUCAGGCAAUGCAGCUUAUGACAGAGAAUCAAAUACGGCACGUACCGGUCAUAGAUGGCAAGCUAGUUGGCAUGAUUUCAAUCAAAGAUGUUGUUCGAGCAGUGGUGGAGCAGCAAAGCGGGGAAUUGAAGCAACUAAAUCAGUACAUUAGAGGAGAUUACUAUUGAAUCUCAUGGCAGUUGC